AUGAGCGGGAUCCCCUUUUUAAAUUUGCUUUCAAUUGACUCCACCAAAGAAACCAUAAGCAAACCCAAGAACAUGAAGAUGGGAAACUUAACAUUAUUUUGGGGCAAAAACACAGAGGAUAUUUUCCCAGGAUGGUCAGGUGGAAGCUUCUGUUCUUAUUUCUUUGGGUUAAUUUGGGUGUUUCUUCUUUCAUUCAUGGUGGAACGACUUUCCCACACAAAGUUUAUCAAGCAAGGGACCAAUCAUGUCGUUGCAGGGCUUUUGCAGACACUUAUGUAUGCAACCAGGGUGGCUUUGGCUUACUUAGUGAUGUUGGCUGUCAUGUCGUUUAACGUUGGUGUUCUUUUAGCUUCGGUUGGUGGGUAUGCUGUUGGGUUCUUGGUUUAUGGGAGUCGGGCUUUUAGGAAGGCAGACUUUAUUCAGUACGAGGAAUCUUCUGACAUUCCACCUUUAAAUUGUUAAGGCGAGGCUAUGCCUUUUGGAGGAGUUUUUGAAAUGUUGUUUGAUAGUAAGUUCUGUCUUUUGACUAUAUAGAGAAAAGUGCUUGAGAUGUUGGCUCUAUAGAACAGGAGUAUCUUGUUAGAUCAGACCAUACAUAGGGCAUGGCUGCCUAUCAAAGAAACAUAAGUAUUUAUGCUUGAUAGGGUUUGUAUAUAUGCCCUUGUAUACAGGGGUGAAAUUAGAUAUUCUUUUGGAGGAGCCAAAAGUAAAUUAGAAAUGUUUGGGGGGUUAAAAUGAGAUUUUAUCACUGUACUCAUUUGUAUUCUUACAAUCUGUAAAGGACUCUAAGCAAUUCUACCACUUUUGGGGGCCAAA